AGUCCAAAGCAAAGCACUACCAGCAGAGUAGUGGCAACAAGCCUGCAACUCCGACAAGGUUCUAGCUAAGAUGGCCGGGGUACUCUCCGUCAAGGUCGCCGCCCUCGCCGGGCUGAUAUUCUCCGUGCUUGCUGCUUCCGCCGCCGCGAAGAAGCCGGCGGAGAACUACAACGCCUCCGCCGUGUCUUACAGCUCUAGCUGGCUCCCUGCUAGGGCCACCUGGUACGGCGCGCCCACCGGCGCCGGGCCCGACGACAAUGGCGGCGCUUGCGGGUUCAAGCACGUGAACCAGUACCCCUUCUCCUCCAUGACGUCCUGCGGCAACCAGCCCUUGUUCAAGGACGGCAAGGGCUGCGGCUCAUGCUACCAGAUACGAUGCAGCGGCGACCGUUCCUGCUCCGGCAACAUCGAGACGGUGAUGAUCACCGACAUGAACUACUACCCGGUCGCCCAGUACCACUUCGACCUCAGCGGCACGGCCUUCGGCGCCCUGGCCAAGCCCGGCCUCAACGAGAAGCUCCGCCACUCGGGCAUCAUCGACAUCCAGUUCCGGCGGGUGCCCUGCAACUUCCCCGGCCUGAAGAUCAACUUCCACGUCGUGGACGGCUCCAACGCCGUGUACCUGGCGGUGCUGAUCGAGUACGAGGACAUGGACGGCGACCUGACGCAGGUGGACAUGAAGGAGGCCAACUCGCGGUCGUGGGCGCCGAUGCACGAGUCGUGGGGAUCCAUCUGGAGGAUGGACUCCAACCACCGCCUCCAGGCGCCAUUCUCCAUGCGCAUCACCAGCGACUCCGGCAAGCAGCUCGUCGCCAACAACAUCAUCCCGGCCAACUGGAGGCCCAACACCGACUACCGCUCCUUCGUCCAGUUCAGUUGAUUCAUUCCGACCGAUCCAUCGGCCAGCCACGUGCUAGCUGCCCUCAAUCGAUCCAUCCAACAAAUCGUUGCCUUAUUUUUAUUUGGUAUUUCCGAGCGAUCAAAAGGAGUCUGAGAUGC